CUGUCGCCACCAUGCCUGUCUCUCCAGUAAACAGCCGCAAGCAGCAGAACCUCUGGUUGAGCGUUGGCCCACAGCCAAAGAAAUCUAUUAGCUUUACUAACACAGUAAAAGGAGGUCAAACAAAAGGAUAUGUUGGUGUAAACCAAAGCAGAAUGGCUAUGUCAAAAACCUUGACAGUUUUACCUGAGAUAAAAACAGAAAAAAUGAAUAUUUCUACCCCAAGGACAGUCAUACAGGUAAUUAAUACACUUGGAGUUGAUGUUACUCCCCGACCUCUUUACCAUCAAGACCCAUAUAUGGGUGCAGCAAAGCCAAAUAAAUUAUUGACAUCACAAGAAGGAUCAUAUGCAUCAGAAUAUAUAUCUUCCUAUAGCCUGUAUCAGAAUACAAUAAAUCCUAGUAUGUUAGGGCAGUUUACAAGGUCGGUUUUAGGAAGCAGUACAGUUUCUAAAUCAAGUGUAUCUACUACUGAAUCAAUAGCAGAAGACCUAGAAGAACCAUCCUAUAAACGGGAAAAACUGACUAGUUUUACAGACUUACGAGUUGUGAGGGCAACACCUGAGAAAAUUGUAACAAAAGAAGACCUACAAAAGACUAUAGAGAUAACACUCACAGAGUCGGAAACACUGAGAUUUUUUAACCUACCAACAGUCAUGGUUUCUGUGGAAUCUGAAGAAGCUGAGAAGGUCAUUCGGAGAAACAAGAAUUAUGAGACCCUUUGUAGGAAUAGAUUAGGCAAUGACUUAUAUGUUGAAAGGAUGAUGCAGACUAUUAAUGGAGCUCCAAAGAACAAAGAGGUUCAAUGUGACAAAAUCGUAAAGGAAGACAAAGGUGUAAUGUCCAGUACUUGGGAUUUGUAUGAUUCUUAUAAUGCUAUGGAGCUUUCAUGUUUACCAGCAAAACAAUCUAUGCUUGAAUCAAGUAGUAAAACAAUUGUACCUUCUAAAGAUCGAGAGCAAAGAGUACCAGGGAGUACUAUAGACAAAAAUAGUGAAGCUAGUUCUUUAAUGGAUAUAGAAAAUGUAAUUCUCACUAAAAUCUAUGAUGAUGAAGAAGAUCACUCAGAGUCAAUAAUGAAAUCUGACAAGUUUCGUCAGGAUUUAUUUUUUAUGGAACGAGUUCUAAUGGAAAAUUUAUUUCAGCCAAAACUUGCAGCUUAUCGUCAGCUUCCUAUUUUAAAAGAACCAGAACCUGAAGAACCUGAAGACUUUUUAGAAGGUGAAAAACUUGAACAAGAGACAGAGGAAGAGGUUAAGAAGGAAGAGGAAGAAGAAAGAGAAAUAGGUACAGAACAGUCAACAAUACCAGCCAAUUUGGAACGACUUUGGUCCUUUUCCUGUGACUUAACCAAAGGUCUUAAUGUAAGCAGCCUUGCCUGGAAUAAAACAAAUCCUGAUCUUUUGGCUGUUGGCUAUGGGCACUUUGGAUUUAAAGAGCAAAAAAGAGGAUUGGCUUGCUGCUGGUCAAUAAAGAAUCCUAUGUGGCCAGAACGCAUUUAUCAGAGUCCAUAUGGAGUGACUGCUGUGGAUUUCUCAAUUGGAGCACCUAAUCUUUUAGCAGUUGGCUAUCACAAUGGCACCAUUGCCAUUUAUAAUGUGCAGAGCAACAGCAAUGUUCCGGUUCUGGAUAGUAGUGAAUCACCUCAAAAACAUUUGGCACCUGUAUGGCAACUACAAUGGAUAGAACAAGAUCGAGGGACAACAGGUGAUGACAAAAGAGAAAUACUCGUUUCUGUAUCAGCAGAUGGAAGAAUCUCCAAAUGGGUUAUACGGAAAGGACUAGACUGUCAUGAUUUGAUGCGUUUGAGGCGAACUACUGCGAGCAGCAGCAAAAAGGGAGGGGAAAAGGAAAAAAAAGGUGAAGCUCUGAUAUCUCGACAGGCUCCUGGAAUGUGUUUUGCUUUUCAUCCUAAGGAUACAAAUAUCUAUUUGGCUGGCACUGAAGAAGGUCAUAUUCACAAAUGCUCUUGUUCGUAUAAUGAACAAUACCUUGAUACCUACAGAGGACAUAAGGGCCCAGUGUAUAAAAUAGCAUGGAAUCCAUUUUGUCAUGAUGUGUUCUUAAGCUGUUCUGCAGAUUGGGGUGUUAUUAUAUGGCAACAGGAGAACACCACACCAUUUUUGAGCUUUUAUCCAACCACUUAUGUUGUUUAUGAUGUUGCCUGGUCUCCAAAAUCCUCCUAUAUAUUUGCAGCUGCAAAUGAGAGCAGAGUGGAGAUUUGGGACCUUCAUGUCAGCACUUUGGAUCCUCUCAUUGUGAAUGUUGCUAACCCUGGAAUCAAGUUCACAACUGUUCUCUUUGCCAAACAAACAGAUUGCCUUCUAGUGGGUGACAGUGAUGGACAGGUUGCUGUGUAUGAACUAAGAAAUAUGCCCUCUCCUUUGGAUUCUGGCCGGGGAGAUAUAAUAGAUACUUUGCUUGGACCCAAGUCAAACCAACAAGGAUAAUUCAUCAUUACUAAUAUUUUCUCUUGUUGAUGUUUAAAGAAAAAGAAAGAAUGUUUAAUGUCCAGUCAUCCAAUUUGUGUGCAGUAAGCUGGGAUUUUGAUGUUAGAAAAUGAUAUUUGUUGUAUAACCUCUAUUUUAACUUAACAAAUUUAAUAAACUCUUAUUUUAGAGAUA